CCAACCUCUCUUUUACUAUCUGCUCUUCAAAUAUCCUUUAGAAUGGUGUGGGCGUGGCAAAACUGGCUCUCGCCGCGACCACAGCAUCGCACAAAAAACAACGCCCAUCCUUCAUUCCCUCAUCUCGGCAAUGCUGCGCUGUACGAGCCACUCUCAAACCCCGGCGGCCUAUGGUACGUCAGGGAGACGCAUUACAUAGAAAACACGCUCGUUCGUGCCGGACUAUCCGGGCCCCCGCUGCACAUACAUCGCUUGCAAGACGAAUACUUCAAGGUCGAGCAGGGCGUGUUAGGUGUAGUCAAGAACGGUGUGGAAUACGCCGUCACCAAGGACGAUGGGAACUUCUACAUACCCGCCGGCACGCGCCACCGGUUCUGGGCUCACAAGUCAGGCACAGAAAAUCUUGUCUUCACUGUCUGGCUGGACCCCUGCAAGGACGUUGACUUUCUGCUUGACGUAAACUUCCUCCGCAAUCUUUCAGGUUAUGUCGACGAUUGUCUCAAGGCCGGCAUCAAACCAUCCGUUUUCCAAAUCAUCCUGUUCACCGAAAAUGCUACAUCUCUCCUAUGCCCACCGUUCUUGAACUGGAUGCCGACAUGGUUGCUGGUUUGGGCACACUGCGGGCUCGCCUGGAUCUCAGAGACUGUAUUAGGGUAUAAGAGAUCCUACCCUGAAUACACACGAGAAUUCUAAAGCAACUAUCUAUAUUGCAUUGAAGUCGUCCCUAAGUAAAGUAGAGUGCAUUAGGGUUAUCUCUUUUGAGUAGCAAUAGUUUAGAUGUCUAAGAAGAAAAAAGAUUUUUUUGGAAGGAUAUUUCGUUAGAAGUAAUCAUAAGAUAAGAAAAAGUAAAUCAUAGCUAUUGAUUAUUUAGUUUC